AUGUCUGCCCAAGCUCAGAAUCCCUCCCUUGCAUCCCGAAUCCGCGGCUGUUUGUAUGGCAUCGCUUGUGUGGAUGCUCUGGGCGCACCCGUCGAAUUCAAACGACGAGGGAGCUUUCCACCGGUGACGAAGAUGCGGUACAUUGCUCAUUUCGACCUGCCUCCUGGCUCGUGGACCGAUGAUACCUCGAUGACCCUGUGCUUGGCAAAGUCCCUGGUGGAGAAGCAAGGGCGACUUGAUGCGAGGGACCAAGUAAGCCGGUAUAUAAAGUGGAUAAGGGAUGGCUAUCUGAGCAGCAAGGCUGGAGAGGCUUUCGACGUUGGGAACGCAACGAGGGUUGCGCUGGCUCUAUGGGAAGAGACCUUCAGGAAUGGAGAAUCAGAUGACUAUGGGCAAAGGCAGAUAGAUGAGGUACUGUUCAAAGUGCACAGCUGCGGAAACGGAAGCUUGAUGCGCACUGCACCAAUUGGUCUGGUCUACUUCAGAGAAAGCGAGGAUGUGUUGCGGAAGAACGCAGCUCAAGCAAGUCGAAUUACUCAUCCCCACACGAUCUGCAUUGAAGCAUGUCAAUUUUACGUCCGAAUGAUUCAAUUGAUCCUACAAGACGCAGUUCAGGCUGACCACACUGCUCUGGAUUCUUUCCUCAUGGGGUACAAGUUCGAGAUGCCGCAGCUAAAAUCUAUCGUCGACAAGUCUCGGGAGCAUGGGAGUAUGGCCCAGAUUCCAGAAUCUGAGAUUCUAUCAUCGGGAUACGUAGUGCAUACACUCGAGGCAGCUUUGUGGGCUUUCCUCUCGACUGAUAGCUUUCGAGACGGUGCCUUGAAGGUCGUCAACUUGGGUGAUGAUGCUGAUACUGUUGGAGCAGUCUACGGAGGGUUGGCUGGGGCAUACUAUGGCCUUGAAGCUAUUCCGUCAGAAUGGAUGACGGCUUUGCAAUCCAGACCGCUGCUCGAUGAAGUAAUUGAAGGAUUGGUGGAAUUGGCCGUGCAUGAAGGACGAUGA